AACCCACUUCUCUCCUCCUUCCCAGCUUCCCUUCGCAGACAUCCUCUUCUUCCUCUUCUUUUUCGCUUCCCUGCCGUCAAAAACUCCCACCUUUUUUCACGAUGUUUCUCACGGAAAAGGCCGUCACCCCUCUCACUCUCCUUUUCUUCCCGUCCAAGAACCCUCUCCCUUCCCCCUUCCCCUCCCUCCCCUUCGAUCAAGCCCUCAUCGCUGGCCUCCAUUCUCUCCUCCCCAUACCUACUUCCUCGUCUUCAAUUCCUCUCUCUUGGCUCUGCCGGGCGGUGGAUUUCUUAGCUCUCACCCUCUCCGACGCCGCUGUCCUCAUUUCUGACCCCUCCCUCUCCGGCUCAGACCGCGCCGCCCUCGCCGCCCAACUCGACUCCGGCAUCGCCCUCCUUGACGCCUGCAACGCCGUCGCCGCCCACAUCUACCGCCUCCUGCGCCGCCACCUCCUCCUACGCUUCGCCCUGCACCUGCUCUCCUACCCGGAUUCCCUCCGCCGCGCCCGCGAUGUCAUCGACGAGUGGGACCGGGAUCGCCCGCCGAGGCGAGCGAUCCACGACUCAGCCGGCAUGCUGGUGAGAUCUCUCUUCCCCGGCAAUCCCCCGCGCGGCAAGAUCUCCGCCGUCCGCAGGGCGAUCUAUGCCGUGGAAGCCCUCUCCAGCUUGGUCGCCGGGGCGGUCGUCGCCGUACUUGGAGGCGGCGAGAAGGGGGAUCUCGUUGGGGUCAGCGUUUCCGGCGAGUUCCCCUGGGCGGGGGCCUUCAACAAGGUGGCGGAGGCGGUUUCCAGCAAGCUGGGCGAAGGCCUCGCCGGGGAAGUGGAGGCGGCGGAGGCUUCCGUUGGGAGACUGGCGGCCGUCAUCGAUGGGAAGGAUGAUGGCGAGAAAACCGAGACGUUACGGAGCGCCGUGAAGGAUGCGGAGAAGGCGGCGGAAGAAAUGAAGGAUGGAUUGGACCGUUUGUCGAACGCCGUUAACGAGUUGUCCCGCGCGGCGUUGCGCACGAGGGACACCGCGUUGGAGGCCUUUCGGAUUGGUUUGCAAAAGUGUAAAUAGAUUGUAGUAGAAGCGUAUGGAUGGAAGUUUGUUCAAAAACAUUGGUUUAUUUUAGGAGUGGAAAGUAAAAAUCUGCCGAGAAAAAAAAAAAAAUGCUUUGUACUCAAAAGAAAAAAAGUUGGGAAUGUGAUGAAAAAUCAGAUACAAAAUGUAAUUGUUCUCAAGCUCUUUUUGUCGCUUCUCUCCGGUAUAUUCUCUAUUAUUCA